CUGCGGUUGACUGGUCGGCGGAGGCUGACAGUCACCGCGACCCUCGUUAUAAGUACCUUCGCACCGUCUCCCUCCUCUACCUCACAGCCUAUAUUCUUCGUUCGCCUCGUCGCCCCCCUACACUCGUUUUUCAUACACAGGAUGCCGCCCAAGACGCCCUCACUCUCGGUGCACAUCUCCUACCGACUCGACGGCAGCAAGGUCGCCUACAUGCGCAGCCGCGAGCACGACGUCUGCGAGUACUACCCUGA